AUGACCACAUCUUCUCAAUCACAAUUGAAAGUUCAACUCCGUUCCACCACUGCAAAAGCCCCAACUAAAGGAUCCAUCACGGCAGCAGGUUAUGACAUUUACGCAUCUCAACCUACAAUUAUCCCAGCUGAAGGUCAAGGCCUAGUCUCUACAGAUAUUUCAUUCACUGUCCCACUAGGUACAUAUGGAAGAAUUGCUCCAAGAUCUGGUCUAGCGGUAAAACAUGGUAUUCAAACCGGUGCAGGAGUAGUGGAUAGAGAUUAUACAGGUGAAGUUAAAAUAGUUCUUUUCAAUCAUUCCAAAAAAGAUUUCAACGUCGAGAUUGGUGAUAGAGUGGCUCAAUUGAUCUUGGAGAAAAUCGUAGAUAACGCUGAAUUGGUCAUCGUGGACUCUUUGGAAGAAAGUUUAAGAGGUGAAGGUGGAUUUGGUAGUACUGGUAAAUAA